AUGAAAUUCUGGUGUGCAGCUGCAAAAAGUGCCAAACAACAGAAAUCUCUUGAUAAGAAAGCGAUGAAAUCGGAUGAUUCAUUAUCAUCAUCUGCUUCUUAUGCGACGAUAUCGUCGAUUUCAAUGCAAAAAUCUGAUAGUGGUUUUUCGGACUCGGCAUCGUCGAUACACGCUUCAUGUUUUGAACAAAUUCUUGUUGUUGAACGAACCUAUCAUGAAAAUAUAAAAGAAUAUAUCAGUAAAUAUUCUCGGCCAUUAAGACGUUAUUUGAAUCCGACUGAAAUCGUUGAUCUUUUUCAAAAUAUUGAAAAAAUCUCUGCAAUAUCUCAAACAAUUGUUCGCCAAUGUGAUAGAUUCAUUGAUAAAGGUAUUGAUAAUACUACUCGUAUGCCCAUAUCAACCAUUUAUCAACCAUGUUUCGAUAUUAUGAUGGACUCAUAUAUUACUUAUAUAUCUCGAAGUGUAAAAAUUCAAGAUAUAAUCAAACAAUAUUGCCAUAAAAUUGGAUAUUUGCUUCAAAUACCAAUCGAAGUAGUAAUUCGGGAAUUAACAGAAUUUGUCCUGUUACCUAUUCGACAUAUCUGUAUAUUAAAUGAUUUAUUUCAAUUGUUUCUUAUUGACUCUUCAGAUUCGAUGAAUAGCAUAGAUUCGAAUAUAAUUCAAAAUAUAAGAUUUUUAUCAAAACAAGCAUACGUUAUUCUCCAAUUAUUAUGUCAUGGUCAAAUAUCUGUAUCACAAUCAUCACAAUGCAUAAAACGUGAAUCUGAUCUAUCAUCAAUUGUUGUUCUUCAAUGUGUUAAUAAAGAACCAUGGGAACCGAAACAAAUGGAAUUAUUUGAGUCAAAAUUAUUAUUUACAAAGACGAAACAAACUUCAAGUAUCUGCUUAUCAAAUGUUGUUCAUGUAGAAGAAGACUGUUCGAAUGAAGAAUUAUGUUUAAUUGUUGCAUCUACAAUGUCAACAGUCUCACGAUAUUCAUCAAUUAAACUGAUACGUAUUUAUAUACGUUUUGAAAAUCAAAAUGAUUAUAUUAUGUGGUUGAAUUAUUUGAAAAAUGCUGUUAAAAAAGCAAAAGAUCAAAAUUGGUCAAUGAAAAAUGAAGUUGUAAUAUAA